AUGUUCCUGCCGCCCAACAGCGAUGUUCGCUAUCGCUCGAAGUAUCUGGCAUGCAAGCAAUGGAAACGUCCCCUCCAAGAGUUCAUCCAUGACCUUCGCUUCUUGGCAGCGAAUAUUAACGAUGAAGAAUCACUCCCGGAGUUCCUGCGUGUGGCUGUUUACAUGGACGGUCUCGACCAAGGCCCGGCGCGCACCCAACUGUUUCGCGCCUACCCGGACACCUUCGAAGAAGCCGUCCGCAUCGCGCUUUCCGAGUCGGUUUCCUCAUCUUUCGCGCACGCACGCGCGGACUCCUCGGAUAUGAAUGUCUCCAUGUUUACCCAGGCAUUGGACGACCGCACGUGUUUCAAUUGCGGUCGCCCUGGAUACUUUUCUCGCGCAUGUCCGGUACCAAGCCGUGUUGGCGUCAACCGCGCCUAUCUCACACGGUUCCUCCCGUGCCGCGCCAGAUACACACUCGCGUCGUCCUCCGAGCGGUCCACCUAA